AGAAGAAGCUACCAAUUUUCAUCUCUACAAAUCAAAAACUUUGUCUCAAAAUUUAUGCAGCUAGCUAGCUCAAUGGCAGAUCAAGAGCUUCCUCCCCCAAGCCAUGUUGUUCCUCUAGACUUCGACUCGGUUGAAACCGUCCCUGAAUCUCACUCGUGGCCAGACUCGAAUGGGUUAUCGUCGACAGACGAAAAGGUUACGAUCCCUUUGAUUGAUCUUGUCGAUGAUAACGCAUCGGAGCUCAUAGGGAGGGCCUGCGAGCAAUGGGGAAUGUUCCAGUUGACUAACCAUGGCGUGCCCGAAACCCUAAUAGCGGAAGCUGAGAAAGAGGCUCGACGCCUUUUCGAUCUUCCGACGAGACAAAAGAUGAUGGCGUUAUACUCCUCUGACAGCGUCACCGGCUACGGCAUGGCCGUAAUAUCGAAGUAUUAUCAGAAGUAUAUGUGGCAUGAAGGAUUCACCAUCUUGGGUUCUCCGGUUGAUGAUGCCAAGAAGCUUUGGCCAUCUGAAUACAAACAUUUUUGUGAUGUAAUGGAAGAGUAUCAAAUUCAAAUGAGGGCUUUAGCGGACAAGAUAAUAAGGUUGGUGUUCAAGUUUCUUGACAUCUCUGAACAAGUGAUCGAGAAGCUAUCCCCGUCAAGCAAUGACGUCGGCCAGCUCUACACUGCCCUCCGCCUGAACUCAUAUCCACCGUGCCCCGACCCGAGCCAAGUCAUGGGCCUCGCCGCCCACACCGACACCUCCCUCUUCACCAUUCUUCACCAGGCUCGCAUCGACGGCCUCCAGGUCUUCAAAGACGAAGUCGGUUGGAUUCCGCUCUCUCCGAUGAGCGGAACCCUCGUCGUGAACAUCGGGGACCUCCUGCACAUUCUAUCAAACGGGCGGUUUCGGAGCAUUCUUCACCGGGUGGUGAUUCAAGGGAAGGAGCAUAGGUUGUCAAUGGCAUAUUUCUAUUAUCCACCAAAUGAAUUAUACAUUUCUCCUCAUUGUAACCCAUUGAGUGAAUCUCCACAGACUCCUCUCUAUCGCUGCGUGAAAGUGAGAGAAUAUUUCAGCAUGAAGGCUAAGAACAUGGGGAGGGGACUUUCUACCAUCAAAAUCUGAUCUUUCAAACCCUAAUUUUCAAAUAAUUACUUAAAUAUUUUGAUG